GGGUGGCGAGGGAGGUUCUUAGCCCGCGGCGGCGCCCCUACGGGCCGGGGGCCUGAGGGCUUCCGCCUGGCUUGGCGGGGGCUCCUCUCCCCACCUGCGCUGGGCACGCCUGGUUCGGCUGCGGAGCAGCGGCGUGGGCGGCCGGCUCCCCGGGAGGGAGGGGGAGGAAGGAAGGAAGACGGGAGGAGGGAUGGAUGGAAGGGGCUUUGCCGCAGGCCCGGCGUCCGGGCUGCGAGUCCGGGACUCUACGCGCCGCGGCGGAACUGCCCUCCCGGCCUGCCAGAUUUCCCUGGCAAGCCGGGAAGCCCCGCGGUCCGCCGCCCGCGUUACAUAAGGCGACUUCCGCCCGGGAGGCCGUGCGAAGACACAGCCCGCCCCCCCGAAAAAGGGACCCCCAGCAACCGAGCCAAAGAAAGACAAGAGUCCAAACUUGGGGGAGCUGCGUUGGGCCGUUUGUCCGUGAGCGCUGGCGAUCGCGGGUUUUGGGAUGGCUAUCUUGCUGCUUUUUUAAGGGGUCCCUUCCAGGCCAUUUCGCUCAGGCAGAGGCUGGCAUGGGCAGACGCUUCCCCCCCCGGGGGGCUUUUGGGCAUUCCUCCUGGCCCAAGCGUUGGCUUGUGCUGUUGUUGUGGAGGGUGCCUCACGCUUUUUGGGUCCCGGGUGCUAGCUGCCUUUGGCGCUUGAAUCUCUGAGAAAGGGCUCCUUUGAUGGAGGGCAGCCUCCACCAGCAGCACCACCCCCGUCUAGGGCGGAGACGGCGUCAGAGGUGGUCUUUCUCUCCCUGGUGCAGAGGGGGUCCCAAGUGGGCCUGAGCCCCACCCAGACGCUGCCGGAGGUUGUCUGAGAAGAUCAAGGGGGAGGCUGGAUUCCCGCAGCCACUUCGCUUGGAGACCCAGGAGGGAGGAGGAGGAAAAUCGUUGAGGGGAAGACCAAGGUUCUCGGAGCAGCCCCCCCCCUCCCCCGAGAGACAUGAUGCCGCCGUGGGAAAGCCCUUUGGAGGGUCAAGAGCUCAGGCACACAAUGGGACCAGCCCCACUGGCCACCUUGAGCCGGGUGCUUGGCACCCGGAUCCCUAGGAACUCUUUCGCUGCGUGACCGGCCUUUCUCUGACGGGUGAAGCUGCCCAGGUCCUGCCCAGUUUUUCCCAUUGAAUUUCUUCUUGCCCCCCCCCCUGUGCCCCAGGCACAAGGCUUUGCACAGCUGCUGCCAAGAUGUCUCUGGAAGGGCUGAUGUGCUGCCGUGGGUCGCUUGACUGGUUGAGGGAGUUCAUCGGCUCCACCAUCCAGUCGGUGCGGGACUGUGACCCCCCUGCACUCAGCACCCUGGCCCUCCUCCUGGCCCUCUUUGUCUGGUACUGCUACCACGUGGGGCGGGAGCAGCAGCCCCGGCCUUACGCAACGGUGCUCCAGGGGGGCAUGGAGGUGGCUGGCCUGCAAAACGGCUUCAGCCACUGCCGCUCCCCCGAGUGUGUGCGCUGCGCCCAGAGCGAUGGGCUGAACCAGAAGCUCUACCACAACCUGCAGGAGUAUGCCAAGCGGUACUCGUGGGCGGGCAUGGGCCGGAUCCACAAGGGCAUUCGCGAGCAGGGCCGCUACCUGACCAGUCGCCCCUCCAUCCAGCGCCCGGAAGUCUUCUUCCUGCCCGAUUUACCCACCACCCCAUAUUUCUCCCGGGAGGCCCAGAAACAUGAUGUGGAACUGUUGGAGCGCAACUUCCAGACCAUCUUAUGCGAGUUCGAAUCCCUCUACAAGGCCUUCUCCAACUGCAGCCUGCCGGAUGGAUGGAAGGUCAACAGCACGCCCAGCGGCGAGUGGCUGACCUUCUACCUGGUCAACCAGGGCACCUGCGUGCCCCGGAACUGUCGGAAGUGCCCUCGGACAUACCGCUUGCUGGGGAGCCUCCGUACCUGCGUGGGCAGCAAUGUGUUUGGCAACGCCUGCAUCUCUGUGCUGACCCCUGGCACAGUCAUCACUGAGCACUAUGGGCCGACCAACAUCCGCGUGCGCUGCCACUUGGGUUUGAAGACACCCAGCAGCUGUGAGCUAGUGGUGGGAGGUGAGCCCCAGUGCUGGGCCGAAGGACGCUGCCUGAUUUUUGAUGAUUCCUUCCUGCACACAGCCUACCAUGGAGGCUCCCCUGAGGAAGGACCCCGUGCGGUGUUCAUGGUAGAUCUUUGGCACCCCAACGUCGCUGCAGCCGAGCGCCAGGCCCUCGAUUUUAUCUUUGCUCCUGGACGGUGAUGUGGGACUCCCUCCUAUCAAGAGCAGGUUCUGUGUGGAGUGGGCUGCCCUCCCUCCUGAGUGACACAGGCACAUUCACGCACAGCUGAUGUGGAGUUUGCACCUUGCACCGGAUUUGGCACCCAGGCCUUUUCACCUUACAACCUCCUCCCAUCCGCCGUUUUGCUUGGGGCUGGCCUGCCCUCCCCCCGCUUUUUCUCUCUCUGUGAUUAGGCCAAAUGCUGCUGUAGUGUCCGUCCACCUUGCUAUUUGUGCAUUGCUAUGCCCAGAAUUUUGCAUCUGCAGUUCUUGGGAGGCGUCGAUGAACCUAGCUGUGCCAAUCUUUCUCUUGUGAACCCCCUCAAAAGGCAAAGCACCCAGUUGCCCACAUCCUCAAUGCAGCUUCAGAAACCACAGUGGGCCACCCCAGGCUGGAUUCUGUCUCCUCCCCCCACACUUGACAGAAGUGAGCGGAAGCAAAGCAUGUCAGCGUUUGGGGGAUGGCCGAGACUGCCCUCUUUUUCUCAAGCCCCGCAUUGGCUGCUUUGUGCCUUGUUUGAGGUGCUUCUGCCUGGACUGGGGCAGCAUUGUUUGCGCACCGAUUGGGGGGGGGAGGGGCUGUCAUGGGCUCUCCCUGCAGAGUGGCAAGCAGGAAGAGGGGGCUUUCUGGCCACCUUUCUGGGGCAGAAGCUGAAAGCAAACCAGCCCCAAAUGCCGUUUCUCACACAACAGAGUCACGAGGCAGUUUCUGCACCCCACUUGCAACGUGGGGCAUAGCAGCACUGUGGCUUGGCCAAGGGCAGGACUUUUCAAUAAAACACGUGUGCUCAACAUUCGGGUUU